UGCCGUUAGGCGUCAUUAAUCAAAAGCGGAAAUUUCCAAAAAAAUUUGAAAAAACAAACACCGCGCUUUCAGUCGGAGGAACAAAUACUAUCUCGUCCCCAAUUCCUCCCCCGGCCGGAAAAUCAAAUCGGAAGAAUUAGAAUCCACGGUUGCAAUUCAACACCUGAUGAUUUGACGGCGACGAUGACGACGUUGGAGAAGCUGUUUGUACAGAUCUUCGAGAGGAAGAAUUGGAUCAUUCAGCAAGUGAAGCAGCAGACGGAUUUAUACAACCAACACCUCGCUUCGAAGCUCUUGGUUAACGGAAUUACUCCGCCUUCUUGGCUUUGGAACGAAAAUCUGCGCUCGGAAGUUCGUAAAGAGCUGAACAAAGAGGAUCUGAUUUCUGAGAUAUUACUGCCACAUCCUCGACCGGUGAUACACUACCCUGAUGCUUGUUGCUCUCUCUACAGCAACCCAUUUGGUGAAAGAAAUGAAGAAGUACAAGUUGAUGGAAUCUUUACGGAUACCCCUCAUUCCAACAAUGACAAUGCCGAUGUUGGAAACAUGCAACAUGUUGCAUCUGGUUGUACUAAGAAUACUCUUAGAUGUGACAUGAAUAUGAUACACGAGGUUGAUGUUAGCAAUACAAAUCAUCCACAACCUAUUAUCAGCUUCCCUGUUACUCGUGACUCUCCCUGCAACAAGGCAGUUGGUGAAGGAGAUGAAGAAGUGGGUAAAAUCAGUGUGGACACUAAUUCCAACAGCAAAUUCUCUGAUCGUGUAAAUGACCAAGGUAUUGCAUCUGACCAUAUUAAAGAUGAUACUGGAUUGGGUGUGAACAUGGUAACUGAGAGUGGUAUUAGCCGGAAAUCUCCCAAUGAUGGGACUGAAGCGAGUAUCUGUAGCAGAUUCAGUGCUCCAGAACGAUCAGUCAUUAGAAUUCAGAGGUCCAAGUCUAGACAGAAGGCUUUGGAGCUUCGCAAUAGUGCAAAGACAGAAUCAAGAAGUCGUUUGAACCAGCAGAAUGGUUCCGCUGGUUCUUCUUUAGCAAAUAGGUUGUUUAUGAGUAGUCCAGCAGAGGAUCCAAUAACCAAAGUGCACGACUUGGUGGAACUUGUUUGUUCAAACCAUGAAGAAAAUGGGGAAACGCAUGAAGGAAAAGAGAAAAUUAAUGAGGAAAAAGAUUUCAAUUCUUGCACUGGUGAAGUUUCUGGUUUGAGUUGCAAGAAACAUCCAAUUUCUACAACUGAUUUGGUGAAAAAGGACAGUUUGGCAAAUACUCGUAAGACAAAUGAUGGACCUGCUGCUUUUAAUGAGGGAAAAGAAUUUUCACCAAGCUCUAAGGUUCUUACCUUGUCAACGGAAGUUAUCAACCCAGAUGUUGCUGCUCAAAGUAUUAGUGGUUUCCCUGAAAGAAGAGAAGAAUGCUUUAGUCUUAUGGAGAAUAUUUCUGGGAACUGUGGAGAUAGAAUUAUAAGUCCAGGUGCUUCCAUAGAUGAAGAUUGCUUCAGGCAUAUGGAGAAGAAGUCUGGGGUUCCUGCGGAGAGGACUUCAAGCCCAAGAGCUUUCCUAAAUGGAACUUCAGAAAGAGACAUAUGCGAUGACUUUGGCAUGGUUAGUGGUGGUAUAACUUCUUAUUGUCCUGGCAAAUCAGUUCAAGAGUUUGAUGAAGCUAAUGACUGUCUUGGACCCACUGAUCAUUCAGGGGGGUUAGUUUACGGAGUGAGAUCUCAAACUAUGUCUGGUAAUGAAUCAAUGCCAAAGCUUCAUGAUACGCCCAUGGUUACGGCUCAUGUAGAUAUAAAGUCAGUUUCUUGUGAUAUGGUUAAUUCUCAGACUGUAAACCUUGUGGCUUGGAGCAGCUCAGAUGGUCAAGUUAUUUUGACUUCUCGCAAUUCUCCCAAUACUCUCAACAAGCAGAGAAACUUUCAAAAUGUUGUUAGUGGUGUCACAGUCAGAGACGAGCCUGCAUUUUCAAGGGUAAUUUCGCGUGAUGCUAGUUUGAACUGUUUACUAACAAGAUCAUCCUCUGAUUUUUCGGUGUUUGUGGAACCAAAACAGCUUGACUUCGAUGAAAGAGAGGAGUGCAAUUUCAGAGACAAUAGUCUCCCUGUAGAGUGUGAAAGUUCACCUAGUAAAGUGUUUGAUGCUUCGCUACAUGCUCCUUCCUCAUCAUGUCAUGAUACAAAUUCUGGUGGUAUAAUUUAUCAGAUGUUGUCGACAGAGGAGCGAGAGGUCUUAGCCACGGAAAAACUGGAAGUUGGUGGAUGCUCUCUUGAUAGAAAUAAUUGUAGUCUCUCAGGAGAGCGUGAAAGGUGUGAAAAUUCACUGGAUAAGGUCACUUCGCUGCAUGCUCCUUCAUCGUCAGAUCAUGAUACAUAUUCUGGUGGCAUGAUUCAUCAGAAGCUGUCAACAGAGGUCUUAACCAAGGAAAUGGAAGUUGGUGAGUGCUCCCUUGAUGGAAACAAUUGUUGCCCCCCUGUGGAGUGUGAAAGGAGUUCACUUAAUAACGUCUGUGAUGCUCAACUACAUGCUCUCUCAUCAUCAAAUCAUGAUACAAGUUCUGGUGGCAUGAUUCAUCAGAAGCUGUCAACUGUGGAGCCAGAGGUCUUAACCAAGGGGAUGGAAGUGGGUGAAUGCUCUCUUGGUAGAAACAUUCAUGAGCAUGGUUACAUGGAGAAAAUGGAAAAGGGAUCCGGUUCGAAGGAAUAUUCUGUACUGAAGAAUGUUUUGGUUGACUCUGAAGCUCUGCCAUAUGUUUCAAAUUCUGAACCUUCAUGUUCAGUGGGUAUUAUACAGACAAACGAUGGGAGCCCAGGCACAGAGAAUCAUUCAAACCACAACAUAGCAGUAUCAGAGCUUCAGAAUGAAGGCGAUUUCGCACAUGAGAGCACGUCGGCCUUCCACGGCUCUAAAUGCAAUGUUUCCAAGGUAUCUAAUGUUUCAAGUUCGGCUGAGAAAGCUAUCGAAGAUUGCUCAAUCAAGGAGGUUGAGAAUGUGGGUCUAACUAAUGUUCUCGUUAGUCCAGACAGACAAUUUCUUUUUGAGGAAGAUAAAAAACUAUUGGACCUUGGAUCUUCUGGAUAUGCAUGUAAUGUGUCUGGCACACAGCAUGUUUUGGAGAGCUCUAGUUUGGAAGUGAAUGACUUGCUCACAAGAGGUUCAGUUGGAUCUUCACAUACUGGCCAUGAGAUUUUUGGUAUUUCAGAAUCAAGGGAACUCCAAAUUUCAGAGAAGCCUGUGGUUCAAAAUGUUAUAUCCAUCAAGAUGGAUUCGUGGCCAAGGAGUAAGAGGAGAAAGAUUCAAGACAAUGAAACUGAUUGUUUCUCUGCUUCGCCAAGCUUUAGGAUAAGGAAACAUUUCCUUACUCAAAUAGAGAGUGACACGGUAAAGAAUAUUGAAGAUAAUAAAGAUAGUGUCUUGGGAGUUGCCUCUCCAGUUAAUGAGAGUGCUCACAGGGAAGUUUACCAGAAUAUGACACUUCAAUUGACUGAACAUCAACCACAAACUGGAAAGUUUGUAUUGACCUCUGAAUACCUAGGUGACAACGUUGAAAUUAUUUCCUCAUCUUCACUCAACCAAGUUUGCGAUCCUUUAGUUUUUAAUUUGACUAAGGGGCUUGCCCGGUAUUCCCACUUGGCCGAGGAGAAAAAGAAGUUGCCAGGGAACAGUUCUGAUGGAAUAGAAAACACAGAUGAGGUGCAUCUUGAAGGCCAAAGUAAUUUAGCAGAUGGUGAAAGUUUGAUGAUGGAUAGUAGGCAUCGAGUUGGAAAAUGUAACUUGGCGUUGGAUGGCAAUCUUCCAGAUGGUUUGAGUUGGCCUCAUUCCAAAACAGACUUGGAUAGGACUCCUACUGACCAGACAAUGCCAGUGCUUGAAGGCUUCAUCAUUGAUCCACCAACAGAACUUGAGGAAGCUAAAAUCCCUGGACAUGCGAUCAACCUUGAUGAAUUCGAACUCCCAAGAACCUCAAUGGAACGUGCUAGCAUUCUGGAGCAGAUGUGCGCUUCAGCUAUCACGCAAACACCCUUUACCCACUUCUCAUCCGCACUUAACUUGGAUGAUUCUAAAAAAGUUUGCCACUCUGUACCAAAUGGUGUUCUUGAGUGCAUGGAUCUUAGGAGCAUUUCGUCUUUCAACAAGGAAGUCCAGAAACAACUUAGGGGCAGUUAUAUGGGCAAUACAGAUGAUCACUCCUUUCCAGAUAUUUCACAGUCUGAUUCUCUACUUGACCUGGGAGCUCGAUAUGGUUGGUGUUCAAGGAACCUUUCUACAUCACCAAUCGGAAAGCUUUGGGAGAGAACGCCCCUGUAUGGCGGCAGCAGCUCAGAGAAGCGAUUGAGUUCAAAUCCAGAGCUGAUGUGCUUUCCAAUUGAAGAGGACCCCAGUUUCAGUGAAGAAGAAGAGAAUGCAAGUGAGUUGACUGAGAAAAUUCAGGAACAAGAUACUUCAUUCGAUGACACUUGCGCAAAGAGAGAACCUUUAGCUAAAAUAACAGAAGAAAAUGCUCGGACAUCAAUAUUUGCUAUAGAGAAGUCUACGAACCGAGAUAGUGUAGAUUCUAUUGCUACAGAAGUCAGCUUUAAGGGUACGUGUAAGAAAGUGAAGGCGAAGGUACAGAGUCACAGCAAACAUAAUGGUGCGAAUAAAGAGAAUGAUAUAUUAACCUUUGCUGCAAAUGCUGUCAAGAAAGGCAAGGAAUCAACAACCAACAGGUUCCGGAAAACAACCUCAUCACGUAAAACCAGUUUGAAGAAAGAGGUGCAGAAGCUGUCAGAAUAUGAGCCAAAGCGCAAUAACAUUGUCUCAAAUGUAACCUCUUUUAUUCCACUGGUCAAGCAAAAACAAGCUGCAGCUGUUUGCACAGGGAAGAGAGAUGUGAAAGUAAAGGCUCUAGAGAAAGCUGAAGCUGCAAAGCGCCUGGAAGAGCAAAAAGAGAAUAAGCGUAAGUUGCGGAAAGAAGCAUUGAAACUUGAAAGAGUAAGGGCGGAGCAAGAAAAUUUGAAACAAAUAGAGUUGGCCAAGAAAAAGAAAGAGGAAGAAAGAAAGAAACGGGAUGCUGAUGUUGCUGCCAAGAAAAGGCAGAGGGAAGAAGAAGAAAGAAAGGAGAAGGAGAGGAAAAGGAAAAAGAUUGAAGAAACACAUAGGAUGAGGAGAGAAGAAAGCACACUGUGCACUCAUAAAACAGAGAAAGAAAGACAGAUGUCUGACAUUGGUGAGAGAGGAUUGAAGGCUAAGGUCUUAGACAAUCGAUUGCAGAAGAAUCAGACUUUGGUGAAGGGAAUCAAAGAUGGUACGAUUGCGGAGAAGCCAGAAGAUAUUACAAUUCAAACUGGCAUUUCUCUGGAAACAUGUGCUACUUCUGGUGAUCCUUGUGACAGUGAACAGACAAGUGCUGCCUUGGAAAGAUCAGGAAACACCGACAACGUGAGAAUAGAGAAAUCAUAUGAGAUUUCACCGUACCACUGCUCAGACGACGAAGAUGAUGAUGGAGAAGUAGAAGAGGAAAGAAAUAAAAAAUAUAUCCCUCCAUGGGCCAGCAAAAACUGUGUGGCUUUGGUGCUACCGUUGCAGCGACAAAUUCAACCUGAUUCAAUCUUCCCUAAAGACAGCUUCUGCAGAUUAGAUGAAGUUUGUCCGACACAAUUCAGAAGAGUAAUCAAAAUGAAAGGCCCAAUGCAAACAGGAUAGCAAAAUCAUCAGUUGAUUCGCCACCAAAGUGGGUUGCACCAAGACAUUCAAUCUUGGCUUUAGGUGUUUCUUUGGUGAGUGUUCUAUUUUACCUGGAAAUCCAAAGGAAUAAAGUUAAAAAUUUUGCUGUCUCAUGGUUGUUCCAACCUGCAUAGCCCAAUUCAUACACCGGUCAAUGUUUUGUAUUUAGUAACAGCCUCAAUAGCUUAGGCAUGUGAUUAAGAUGUUGUAAUUCAUUUGAACUCUGUAUCUUGUAUUUGGUUGUCAUCUUUACACUAGCACGUGUCUAAUCUAAUACAAGUAUAUUAAAUCAUUGUUCAAAAAGAAAUUGUAGAUUCUGUCAGAUCUACAAUACAGCCGACUUUGCUGUUUCUAAACUCCCCC